GAACAGAAGACAUCAGGGAUGGAAAUACUUGUAAAGCUUUUGGUUUUUACAAUUUUCUGUCCGAUUUCCCUUGCUAUAUGGGGUAACGGCAGAUUUUCACAAGGUUUAUGUUCAAACUCCCAGUGGGUUGGGCAUCCAAGAGGCAAUCCUCGCUCUUUCUAUAGACUACUCUGCAGCAGACAGACAUGGGAAGAGGCUCAGAAAGCCUGCCAGCGUUAUGGGGGAUCCCUCGCCGUGGCUGACAGUAGUGACGAGAAGAAUUUUUUGUUCGGUAUGAUAAAGGACGUGGGAGAAGCGUGGGUUGGUUUCAGGAUCAGAAGAUCGUCAUUAACAUGUAAACCCAGUUCUGUGACUGGGACUUACUACAGAUAUCUGGCCAUUUCUGACGACAAGUGUAAGAUUAGAAAAAGAAGCACGUGUGGGUAUAUAAAAACAACCGACACCUUAAACAUACGAGACGAUGACUGUGGGCAAUCACGACGGUUUGUUUGCGAGAAGCGGGCAGUAAGUACAACUUCAAGACCAACAUCUACAGCAACGCUCUGUUCUUCAAACCCCUGUAAAAACGGCGGAAAAUGCAAGGAGGCUGAUAAUAAAAGAAGCCAAUGGAGUAAAGGCAGCUUGAUCCCGGGGCUGAUCGUCGCUUUCUUUAAACCGAAGGGGAAUGCGACUUCCGCAGAGAACACUGGUUAUUCGUGUGAAUGUCCUGCUGGCUUUCAUGGCAGCAACUGUGAAAAGAGACAGUGCUAUACAUCCCCAUGUCAAAAUGGCGGUAAAUGUACAAACACUGCGGAUGGAUAUGAAUGUUCUUGCCCAGCUGGGUUCACCGGUGUCCAAUGUGAAACAAAUAUAGAGGAAUGUACCUCCCAGCCUUGCAAAAAUGGUGCCGUCUGCAAAGAUAAAAUCAAUGGAUUCGUUUGUGAAUGCAUAACGGGAUUUUCCGGUUUAACUUGCAGUGUGAAUGUAAAUGAAUGUUCCUCGAACCCAUGUCCCAAAGGAAUUUGCAUAGAUGCAGUAAAUGGAUACACGUGCAUCUGUCCGGCAGGUUUCACUGGCAAACGUUGUGAAACAAACAUCGACGAGUGUGCCUCUGGUCCUUGCAAAAAUGGAGGUGGAUGUGUCGACAGAGUCAAUGGAUUCAUAUGCACCUGCCCAGCUGGUUUUACCGGUGUCCAGUGUGAAACAAAUAUAGAUGAAUGUUCAUCUAACCCUUGCAUGAAUGGUGCAACAUGUAUUGAUGGUGUGAAUGGAUUUACAUGUGGAUGCAAACCUGGAUUUGCCGGCCUUAUCUGUGAAACUAACGUUGAUGAGUGCAAAUCAAACCCUUGCCAAAAUGGCGGCAGUUGCAAAGAUGCAAUCAAUAAAUACAUCUGCAAUUGCCCGUCCGGUUUUACUGGAUCAAACUGCGAGACUGAUAUCUAUGAGUGUGCCUCUAAUCCGUGUAAGAAUGGUCUUUGUUUCGAUGGUAUAAACAGUCUCACUUGUAUGUGUGUCUCUGGUUUUGCUGGUCCAACAUGCGAAAUCAACAUAAACGAAUGUGCCUCCAACCCUUGUAAGAACGGCGCAACUUGCACCGACGAUAUUGAUAGGUACAAAUGCAAUUGUUUAGCGGGAUAUAUUGGUUUGCAUUGUGAAACCAAUGUCGAUGAAUGUUCAUCUAAUCCAUGUGGUAGCGGGGGUACCUGUCUGGAUGGUGUAAACGGGUACACGUGCAACUGCCCAGUUGGUUAUACAGGGACUAACUGUCAGACAAACGUCAAUAAAUGUGCGUCUAACCCCUGCAGCAAAGGACUGUGUCUCGACGGAAUUGAUAGUUUUACUUGUCUCUGUCCGGCUGGAUAUACGGGACCAACCUGCCUGAUAGACAUUGAUGAAUGUUCCUCCAACCCGUGCUUAAAUGAUGGUACAUGCGUGGAUAAGGUGGACGGAUACGCCUGUAUUUGUCCUGUUGGUUACAGUGGAGACACGUGUGGAGUAUUACUAACUACCAGUACCAUCACGACUCUGCCCACCACGACGGUUACAAAGGCGACAAAAGAUCCUUGUGAUCCGAACCCAUGCCCAGAAAAAGAACCAGCACAACCAAUGAUGUGUCAACCUUUUAACGGGGGCUAUAGAUGCAUUCGACCCAAUGGAAGUACAUCUACAACAACGCCAUGUUCUGUAAAUCCCUGCAAAAACGGCGCGCAAUGCAAGGAGACUGAUUAUGGCGCUACCGGUACAUUUAAAAAACAGCUUGGUGACUUCCAAUGUAUAUGCCCUCCAUUUCACUCUGGCAAGUAUUGUGAGAACCUAAUCGAUUUCUGUCAGCCCAACCCAUGUCAGCAUGGGUCCACUUGCGAACAGAAGCUUGGGGGAUACAACUGCACCUGUCCGGCCACCCACACAGGAACCCACUGCCAAACCCGUGUAGACCCUUGCGCCAGUUCUCCCUGUCUUCACGGCGGACGCUGUACCACACGACUCGAUGGAACAUUCCAGUGCACGUGUCCAAAGUUGUGGACCGGGGCCCACUGUGAGCGAUGCCUGUGUCAGAACGGAGGUAUAUGUGACUACAGUCCCAGUGACGGUCAUGUGUGUCGCUGCAAGGCGGGGUUCAUCGGGAUGAAGUGUGAGAAUGAAGUCAACGAAUGCGACAGCUGGCCAUGCUGGUAUGGGAUAUGUAUUGAUUUGGUUAACGGUUAUAAAUGUGACUGUGACCCUGGCUACGCAGGUAAAAACUGCGACGUCAGAUUUUCAUUAAACAAAGUUAUUACGAUUGCAUUAAAAAUAGUAAAUCAUUUAGUCUUUAGAAAAAAAAAACAAGUCGAACAUGUUUAG